AUGUCGUUCCGUGUUGAAACAUCACCUCAUCAAUAUAUUGAUUAUAAAAUAUUUUCUGCUGCUCGAUUCAAUAAUCUUGGUCAACAAUUUCUUUCACUGAUUAAUCCAAAUUAUGGUACUGUUCCCGAAGAAAAUAAAAACAUGCCAAAAGAAAGUAAGCCUACUGUAGGUGAAAACGAAACCGUUCCGAAUGAAAAUCAACCACCAUCAUCACCACCACCACCACCAACAACAACAACAAAUGAAGUUGAACCACCUAAGGCGACCUCACCACAUAUGAUUCAGCAUCCAUCUGAUCUUUGUCGACCAUAUGCUCAACAAUGUUCCUAUUAUAUAGCUAGUCAAUAUGUAAUCAAACAGAUCGAAGAAAAUUUUAUUCCACAUCAAUCAGUAUUACCAUAUAUGACACCGACAACGAACACUCGUGAUCAUGAUGAACAAUUAACAACAUCGAUUCUUGAUUGGCCAACAGCAAAACAAUCGGCAGAAUCGACUCGGUAUCUUUUAUCACAAAUUGUUACCAUUGUUCAGUGUCGUUCGACAUUAUCAACGAAGUCGAACUCAGUAUCACAACGUACUAGUCGUCAUGCUGUUCGUUUCUUUAUUAAUUCUCAAAAACAACAGCAACAACAAAUGGAUGCAUUUUUAGAUGUUGUUAAUGAAGCCCUACUACUCGAACAAAAUACGAUCAAAACAUUGUGGGAUACAAAAGGUGAACAAGUAACUGAUCCAAUGGAUUUACUUCGUCGUGGUCGUCUCUAUUUUGCGUCUCGUGAUGCAAGUAUUACUCCGGAUGAAUUAACUAUUUCUGAUAGUGAUCUUGCUUCAAUUAACCGACUUGAAACAGUACGUGAAAAAUUAUCUCAACCAGCAUAUUUUGUUGAAAAACCUACUAAUACCGAGCAAGUCAAUGUCCCGUCGCGUAAAAGUACGCCGUUUGAUCUUGAUGAGCAUCGUUCAGCAACUGUACAAGCACAGGCUAUGAUUUAUAAUGAUCCACAAACAUUUCCUGAAGUAUUUCUACGUCAUUAUGAAGUUGGAGAAGUUUUAGGUGAUGGAAGAUUUUCAGCAGUUUUUGAAUGUCGAGAUAAAGCAACCGGAAUUCAAUUAGCAUUGAAAAUUAUUGAUAAAGCUAGAUGUAAAGGAUAUGAAUAUCUUAUUGAAAAUGAAUUAUCAAUUUUACGACGUGUUAAACAUCCGAAUAUUAUUAAACUUGUGGAAGAAUUUCAAAAUGAACUGAAAUACUUUCUUGUUUUAGAAUAUGUAUCAAAUGGUGAUCUAUUAACAGCGGUGAAUACAAUGAAUAAAUAUAGCGAACAUGAUGUUGCUUUAAUGUUAAGUCAAAUAGCGUCUGCUUUGAAAUAUCUUCAUUCAUUAGAUAUUGUCCAUCGAGAUGUUAAAUUAGAUAAUAUUCUUAUGACAAAUUAUCCUGAUCAAAGUGUUACGUUAAAAUUAGCUGAUUUUGGCUUAGCACUUUGUUUAUCUGAUCAAACACCGAUUGUUGCAGCCAAUGGUGACAAUCUCUGUGGUACUCCAAUGUAUAUGGCACCAGAAGUGAUUCAAAAUAGAGAUUAUCGAGUGGAAAAUGACAUGUGGUCACUUGGUGUUAUAGCAUUUACUCUUCUCAGCGGUAUGGCACCUUUUAAAGGAGAGCAUGACGAGGAUAUUUUAGCAGAUGUAACUAAUACAACAAUUGAUUAUGGUCUUUUGCCUAAAAUAUCAUCAGAGUGUCGUGAUGCUUUAACGAUGAUGCUAGAACGAGAUCCAAAACGGCGUAUAAAUGCCAGUGAAUUAUUACAACAUCCUUGGAUUAGACGUGUUAUACAAAAACAAAUGGAACCUAUUAAUGAGCCACAAUCACCACGACGCAAGAAAGGAACACCACGAAAACAACCAAUGUUAACGUUUUCAUCGGUCGAUCAUUCUCGUCCUAUGCAAGGAUCAAAUGUCGGUGGUCUACAUAGUGAUGUUGAUGAGUUUUAA